AGUUGUGUAUAAUAUUUUUCGGACUAAUAAUUCCUUAACAAGGCAACAUGCAUUACAUUAUUCAUAACUUUCUCUCGCAAGCCAUGCAUUAUAAAUGUGGAUGCAUAUACCUAUACAUCUACCAUGCAUACAUGAACUAGGACACGCUCUUAGAUAACAAGAAGGAAGAAAAAAAAACUUAGAAAAAAAUGCAAUCUCAACACUUCUCUUCAUCUCUCUUGUUCUUGGCUCUUCUCUCUCUUUCAUGGGCUUUGCUAGUCUCACCGACACAGCCUCCUCCGGCAUGGCCUGCACCAACACAGCCUCCGUCAGAACCUCCAACGUCGCCCCCGUCACAGUCUCCAUCGCUGCCUCCUUCACAACCUCCAACACCGCCUCCGUCACAGUCUCCAUCGCAGCCUUCUCCACUACCACCAAACAUUGCUUGUAAAUCCACUCCUUAUCCGAAGCUCUGCCGCACGAUCCUUUCCGCCGUUAAAUCCUCACCGUCCGAUCCUUACCAUUACGGAAAGUUCACAAUGAAACAAUGCCUCAAACAAGCUCGUCGCCUCUCCAAAGUCAUCAACCGCUUUGCCCAUCGCGUGGAAGAUGAUCCAGGUGCGUCGACGGUGGAAGAGGUCAGUGCGGUGGCUGAUUGCGGCGAGCUAGCACAGCUUAGCGUUGAUUACCUCGAAACGGUUACGGAGGAGCUGAAAGCAGCGGAGCUGAUGACGGCCGCCCUCGUUGAUCGUGUUACGAGUCUUCUCGGUGGCGUUGUGACUAACCAGCAAACGUGCCUCGACGGUCUUGUGGACGCUAAGAGCGGGUUUGCGACGGCGAUUGGAACGCCGUUGGGGAAUCUCACGCGCCUCUAUAGUGUGUCGUUAGGGCUUGUGAGUCACGCGCUUAACCGUAAUCUGAAGAGGUAUAAAGGGUCCAAGGGGAAAAUCUUUGGUGGUGGUAACAAACCCGUUCGUGAACCUCUCGAGACUUUGAUUAAGGUUUUACGCAAAACAUGCGACAAGAGCAAGGAUUGUCGGAAAGCUGACAGAAAUUUAGGUGAGCUAGGAGAGACGAGCGGUGGCUCGAUCCUCGUAAGGGAAGCAGUAACCGUCGGUCCAUAUGAAACCGAUAACUUCUCUACCAUAACUGAGGCCGUCGCUGCCGCACCUAACAACACAUUCCCGGAGCAAGGCUACUUCGUAAUCUAUGCAAGGGCAGGUCUUUACGAAGAAUAUGUUGUUAUUUCAAAUAAAAAAAGGAACAUCAUGCUUAUUGGAGAUGGGAUCAAUAAAACUAUCAUUUCUGGAAACCACAGUUUUAUUGAUGGUUGGACGACUUAUAAUUCUUCAACCUUUGCGGUGGUCGGAGACCGAUUUGUUGCAGUUGAUGUAACAUUCCGAAACACAGCUGGACCAGAGAAACACCAAGCCGUGGCCGUAAGAAACAAUGCGGAUGGGUCAACAUUUUAUCGAUGUAGUUUUGAAGGCUAUCAAGAUACUCUUUACGUUCAUUCUUUAAGACAGUUCUAUCGUGAAUGUGAUAUAUAUGGGACCAUAGAUUUUAUAUUCGGAAAUGCGGCUGCAAUCUUUCAAAAUUGCAACAUAUAUGCCCGAAAACCGAUGGCAAAUCAGAAGAAUGCAGUGACAGCCCAUGGAAGAACCGAUCCAAACCAGAAAACUGGAAUCUCCAUCAUUAAUUGUACUAUAGGAGCUGCCCCGGACCUCGCGGCUGACCCCAACUCGACCAUGACAUUCCUUGGGCGACCAUGGAAGCCUUACUCGAGGACGGUCUACAUACAAUCAUACAUCAGCGAUGUUGUCCAACCCGUUGGGUGGCUAGAGUGGAAUGGGACAACCGGGCUAGACACGAUCUCCUAUGGUGAAUAUGACAACUUUGGACCGGGGGCUGACACAAGUAAAAGGGUCCAAUGGUCAGGAUAUAGCCUAUUGAACUUGGCAGAAGCCAUGAACUUCACCGUAUAUAACUUCACUUUGGGAGACACUUGGUUGCCUCAGACCGACAUUCCCUUCUACGGCGGUUUGCUUCACACCGAAUGAAAAUUUCUUAAAAUAUUAUAUAGAUACUUGGUCUUGCCUCAUUUAAAUGCAAUAAAAAUUUUAUUCAUUUUUGUUAUUCGAAAUCUGAAUUUUGGUACUAGUUACUUACUAUAAUAAAUGAUUAACGGUUCAUGUAUUAGUAGGGAGUAUAAUUUCUUUGAUUUCAAUGAAAAAACUAUUUUGAUAUCA